AUGAAUAGUACAUACUUCCUGUUCUCGGGCUUCGACCAAACCCCGCGUCUUGGAAUCUUGAUUCUAUUGAGUCCACCGAUUCGGGCUUCCAUUCACCCUGAAUAUCGCUACCCUCGACGGUCGAUAUUGUGUGAUCAGGACAUUUUCCCUUCUUCCUUUAUUGCACUCUUUCUCUUUCCCUGUCUAAUCUUCAGUGACGUAGUUCCGGUUUUUAACCAGGAUCUCUUUUCCUCGCCCUCGUAUCUUGACCCCUGCAGCACGGGCCUGUAUGCCGCAAGGAGUCAACCGGACAAUUGGGGCAUCCCCAGGUCCUCCUUAGUGUUCCUGCGGUGGGAUAUUCGUUUUUACCCCACUGAUGAUGCUGCCAAGGCCGUUGGUGAAUCACUUUCUGCUUAG